ACAUGACAAACAAGCUUGCAGUGGCUAGUGACUGCAUCGUGCGUAUUGUUAAAAAUUUCGUAUGCAAUAUGGCUGUGUAAAACGUCAAAUCUUAUAACCCAUUUUAUAUCAAUUUUUUUUUUAUUAAAAACACGAAUUGCUUCUUUUUUUUAUUUUCUAAACUUUUUGUGUUAUCGUCUAUAUAGUGUUAGUAUUAGUUGUCGUAUUAUUUAAAAUAGUUAAUUUUUUAUCGCAAUUUUGUAUAUUUUAUAUACAUAAUUUGUGCCCAUCCCAAUUUGGCACUGGCUGCCAACCGUAUAUAUUCAUUAUUUGAUUUUUUAUCCAUCCUAAUCGCGUUUCGUACGCUUCGUAUUUAUUUGUGAUGAUUAUUUCCCGAUCGGUUCGUCCRUCGACGAAUCACGACUGAUACGAUAUGUUGGCCAGGUUAAUAUCGUCAACUACCGGAAUACCGAGGUUCGGCGCUAACGUAGCAUCGCACAAACGAUCACAGUGAGCAUGAACAAUCGAGGGCAAAACCCAAGUCAUCAAAGGAAAACCUACGAAGGGAUGUAUUCAAACCCUAAUCAGUAUGCCCAGGCUGUUCAAAACCAGGGGUAUUUAAUUAGUGGUCCACGUAAUUCAAGGCAUCAUGUAAAUUCAGCUACACAUAACGUUAGUGAUAUGAAAAAUAAUCAUAUGACUAAUAUGGGCCACAGUCCAAUCCAAAUAGUGCCUACACAAAUUUCUCAAAGACAGCAAACGCUACCCCACCAUAUAAGACAAAAUGCACCGCGUAAUUUACCAAGAGGACCCUUCCAAUAUCAGGUAAUUUUCGAUGCAAAUUACUGA